AUGUCAUCAGCCCCAAUUGUCGAUGAGGGGCAAGUGGCGUUGUCAUCAUCGCCAAAAUCCGGCGCUUCUGCGUCCAAGCAAUGGCCCGCCGAUCUCAAAACAGGCCCCCAGAACACAGUCGCAAAAACUCAGGAAGUCACUUUUCUUCUCUCAUCUCGGCAUCUUUCGCUAGCUUCGAGUUAUUUCAAGGCCCAGCUCAACGGUCCUUGGAGGGAGGCUUCUGACGUCAAUGCUCUGCUUCUUUUGAUGCAAAUCAUCCACGGAAAAACCAAGGACGUUCCCAACUGUGUAGACCUUGAAACUCUUGCCAAAGCUGCUGUUCUAAUCGACUACUACAAGUGCCAUGAAACGACUGGAUUCUUCUCCACCCUGUGGGUGAAAAGUCUAAAGUCAGAGCUUCCGUCAGAUCUCAACCGAGAACUGAUACUUUGGCUCAUGAUAUCAGUCGUCUUCUUGCAGAAUGAUGUCUUCGAAUCGAUCACGAAGACAGCUGUACAAAGAAGCGACGGCCCCAUUCCAAUGCUCGGGUUGCCCAUCCCUCAAAGCGUUAUAAGUAAGCGACUUUCUCUGUCUCAGCUUCGAUUGCUAAUCUCAAUAGACGCCAUUGACUGGCGCCGACAGGACGCGAUCAACUCUAUAUCCACGGCGCUCAUAAAUCUCCUCAAAUCGUUGUGUCAAGAAUCAGAGAGAUGUAGUUUCGACUGUUCUGCCGUUCUUCUGGGUAGCCUCACAAAGAACAUGUGCGAUUCCGAACUUUUAAAUCCGACAGCACAAGAACCCUACCUUGGAUAUCAGCUGGCAGCUGUUGAGAAGAGUGUGCAGGAGUUCAAGUCGCCUUCCGGGCGGGUGGCUUCCAGGAAUUCGUCUUAUGGAUACCAUGAUUAUUACCAUUCGAAUAAUAGACACUGCUCCUGCAGGCUGCCGGAUAUAAUUAAGCAGCGCCUCUACCCCGGGCUUGACCGGAGCAAGGAAGGGUUCAGUCUGCAGGACCUACAACUCGAACUUUAA